UCCCUCCCUCAGUCCGCAUUAGAGCGAGAGUUUGCUCGUAUGUCAGAGGGACUAUGGUGGAGGGCUGGUGAAGACGAUGGCAGCUCUUUGCGAAGAUGGCACAUAUGGACUCAACUGUGGCCGCAAGAGCGACAGAAUAUCAGUUUUACAUGUUAAACUGACAGAAUCCACCUUUAAAACGCUAGAAAACUACCAAAACUGUAAGAAUGCACGGUCCUCACAGGCGACGAUACGUUUUCAGGGUCUUCAAGGGCGCAUUAAAAUCCCAACAACAGACACUUCCAAUGGCUUUCAGAACUUCGACUUUUACCUGUCCAACUUUGGCAAAGACAAUCCUCAAGGAAGCUUUGAGUGUAUCCACCAGUACAUAUCUAGCUCUGGGGUCCCCCAUCUGUCCUCCCUGGGAACGAUUCAAGACAAAAUCACAGUAUGUGCCACCAAUGACUCCUACCAGGUGACCAAAGAGCGUGUGACCAAAUCAGAGGACGAUAAAAGCAAAAACAGCACCAAAUUCAUCAGACCUGGAGGACCGUUCAGAGACAAAAAAGUCCAGCACCGAAAACCGGCCCCCUCAGCCCCCGACCCAGUUCCAGAGAGGAAGCAGACCACCCCCCUCAACCCAGCCAACACCAUCCGCAAGUGCCUUACCAACAACCCCGUAUCGCAACGGCCAUACCGGGACCGCGUCAUUCACCUUUUGGCCCUGCGCUCUUACAAGAAACUAGAGCUGCUCGGCAGACUGCAAAGAGAUGGCCUCAGCCAGAAAGACCGCAACUCUUUGGGCUCUACACUACAUCAGGUGGCCAGUCUAAACCCAAAGGAUAACUCUUAUUCGUUGAAGGACUUUAUUUUCCGUGAGGUCCAGAAGGACUGGCCGGGCUACACGGAGGAUGAGCGGGUUCAGGUUGACAGGAUCCUGGCACGUAAAUUGGGUUUGAAUUCAGAGUCUGUAUCUUCCAGCAGUCCAACCAAAGAGCCAACGUCCAUACAGAAAUGCCAACCUGAGACUGACUUCAUUGACCCUCUGAUGUCAAGGAAGCCCCGAAUCUCCCAUCUCAGUAACCGAGGACCCCCCUCCUCUUCAGGUCGUCAUUCUUCAGUGACUGAAGACAAAAAACCCGCACCCACGGCCGCCUGCCCAGGACCCUCUUUUCACCCUACCCCUGUCACAGGCUCCAGUUCAAACUCCCCCAGUACACCGGAGGGUGGGGGGUCUCAGGACCUGCCCCUGGACCAGAGCUCUAUAUGCGGGAACUCCUCAGAGAGCUACGCCCCCCGCAGCCAUACACCCAGCCCACCCAGCCAGCCAAUUUCCACGACGUCCCCCUCAUCCUUCUCCACCUGUACUGUCUCUACAACCACCAUUACCUCCACCACUACCACCAGCAGCGGCCACCAUGUUUCUUCUGCCGCAUCUUCUACAGCCAGCCAUGAUGGCAAUGGCAGCAAAAAGCCCAAAAAGUCCAAGAAGCACAAAGAUAAAGAGAGGAAGCAAGAAGGAGAGCGAGAGAUGGAUAAGGACCGAAAGAGGGAUAGAGAACAUCACCGGGAGGAUCACUGUGAUAAGGAAGCACAGCCCAAGAAGAAACACCGGAAUGAGGCAGAACAAAGACACAUUCUCGCCAACAUCAGCCACGAAUCGGACAGAGAAGCUGGCAAAGACAAGCUUGUCAACAGCACUGAACUUCCAGUCCCAACAAAGCCUGAUUACAUAAUUAAGUACACAGCAGUGAUAUCUAUGGAUCAGAGGCAGCACUAUAAGGAUGACUUCAAUGCAGAAUAUGAUGAGUAUCGUAUCCUUCAUGCCCGCGUUGAGAGUGUUACUCGUCGUUUUACAAAAUUGGACACCCAGUGUAGACAACUGGCACCAGGAACUAAAGAGUACCAGGAAGUGCAUGAACAGGUGCUGCAAGAAUAUAAAAAAAUUAAACAACACAGCCCAAAAUAUUAUGAAGAAAAACUGCGCUGUGAGUACCUGCACAACAAACUGGCCCACAUCAAACGGCUCAUCGCUGACUUCGACCAGCGGAGAGCGCAGUCCUGGCUGUAGGGCACAGGACCAAGCAACCCCUUUUGGCCAAUCAGAGCGCUCCCUAACCGGAGGACCAUCUUGAGAAGAGUGUGGGGAUCAAACAGUUCCUUUAUUUAUUCUAUUUACAGAUUCCCCACUCGCCUGUUUUCCCAUAUCUGUCCUUCAUCACUCUAUCUUCUUUUCUUCCUUAGUCAUCCUUUCCCAUACCUUUUUAUUCUUUCAUUUUCUUUCUUUUUGAAGGACUUUUCAAAAGAAAAAAAAAAAGACAAAGAAAAAUUAAACAUUUUUGAAUGCAAAAAGAAAGUUUGCAAUGCAAAACCGUGGGCCUUACAGCGCAUAUUCCUUGAAGCCUUUUGCACAGUGGUGAUUGAGCCAGUACAUGUGAAAAGUGGCCAUAAAAGAGGGUUUUUCCAAGAGCCUUGAGACUUCCUUUCUCCCGAUGGCCCUGUUUUUUUUUUGUUUUUCUUUGAACAGCAUCAGUGUUCACACCCACAGUGCAAAUGAUGCCUUAAGGUAUUAAUACACACACCCAUCUAUGUGGCAUCAGUGAGAAUUACAAGCACCCAGGGCAGUGAGGAGAAAUUACUAUGACCUGAUCGCAGGUCCAGCGCACAUUCGUGGAAGGUGUGAUCGAUGUUUGUUUGUGAGAGCUAGAGAAAGUGACGCGUGAAAAUUGUCAGUGUUUUUGUUAAUUCUUGGGAAGGAUUGUGAAUCAGAAACUACAGGAAGAGAGAGGCUCUGGGAGGAGGGUUGGAUAUAAACUAUAAAAGAGGGUGGGGGACGGAAAGCAAAAAUCCCCAAAAAAAGCUGCUAUAUUUAGUUUUUUCUUUGGACAGCCAGAGCCUUUGGGAUCAGUCUGGCUCGUGUUACAUGUUCUUAAUUUGGGCCUGCUCUAAGGAAAUCAUCGAAUCAUCUUGAAAGCAAAGGUGCUACUGAUUUAUGAGGAAAUGCAUUGAGCAGAGGCAGACCUGUAUAUCCAUUUCAAAUGUAUUCAUUAAUUAUUACAAGUCUCAGAGCAGAGCUAUUUAUGAAAUAUGAAUAGAAUUAUAUAUUUUUUGUUUUUGUUUUGAAUUAAAAGGAAUUGCUGGAAUUGAGCAUUGAAAAAGAAACUGAUCAAAUAUGCAUACAAGUCUUUAUUUCACAAUAUCAUUAGUGAUAAACUUCUUAAAGAUUAAGGGAAACGUUAUGUUUACAAAACCUGUGUGGUAGAAAGUUUUGCCAAAAAAAGUUAUAAAAACGCAACAAAAAUGCUUUCAAUCCUAUGUUUAUGGUCUGGAAUAAAAUGCGUUUCUCUGAGUGACAUGACACUUUGUCAUCUAAAAGGAGAUGGUGGUCGAACACUUACAGUGUCUUGAUAUAUUUAUUUUCUUUGAUCAUUGUUUAGGGAAAAGAUCCAGAAUGCAGCUUUGUGAAUCAGCUUUGAAA